GGUGAUGCGACGUGUUUUCCUCAAUAUUAUUCAAUCAUAUGUCUGUUUUUGAACUUGUAGAUAUGGCGUUUUGUGUCAUUUUCGCUGUGAUAUUUGGGAUGCUGCGCACCAACAAAGUCGCAUAAAUGUCUUUCUUUUCAAUUUGGUAUAAUUAUGCAUCACGCGCAAGUUUGUCUGGCUCAUUUUUACCUAAAACAAUUGAGUUAAAUUACACCUGAACAUCUGUUGGGAGAAAUACUUGUAAUCUCACUUAAUUGAAUUUGACCACAUGACACACACACACACACACACACACACACAUGACUCCAAUGCAUCAAUUUAGAAGGAUCCAGCAUGUGUGGUACUGUUGGACAGCCAGUGUGAGUGAGUGUGAGCUGCUGUUGUGUUGUUUCUUCUUCCAGCUGCUGUGGUUUACUCCCUGUAGGUUGGUCUCUCUUCUGCUGAGUCAACCCCUGUCGGCUUCAAGCUGUUUCCCUUUAGAUUAGACUUCAUCAUGAUCCAGUCUCUCUCUCCCUCUGUGUGUGUGUGUGUGAUCAACACCUGACCCUCUUAUGCUUAAUUUCUUAUCAGUUUAUCAUAUCAUAUCAAAUGAUGCGAUAUGAGAGCGUGUACUAAUGAAUAUGAAGAGAUUUUUUAAGGGCAGCCCAUGGCCAAGAGGAGAGGAAUUGUGCUAACAACUGGAAGGUCGCCACUGUGGCUUGGUUGUCUGUGUUCAAUCCUGGUGUGUAAUUAGGAUGGGUUAAAUGCCAAUAUGCAUGACCAACUGCCCGACCCUCAUCGUGACUGUGGGACUUCCAGCCCGAGGGAAGACUUACAUUUCAAAGAAGCUCACUCGCUAUUUGAACUGGAUAGGUGUGCCAACAAAAGAGUUCAAUGUCGGAGAGUAUCGCAGGGAGUGUGUGAAGAUCUACAAGUCCUUUGAGUUUUUCCGUCCAGACAACGAAGAAGGCUUGAAAAUCAGACGUCAGUGCGCGAUGAGCGCACUCAAUGAUGUUCGGCAGUACCUAAGUGUUGAAGGAGGACAGGUGGCGGUCUUUGAUGCCACAAACACAACAAGAGAAAGACGAGGGACCAUCGUCAAGUUCGCUGAUCAGAAUGGAUUCAAGGUGUUUUUUGUGGAGUCUCAGUGUGAAGACCCAGAUGUUGUUGCACAGAAUAUCGUGCAAGUGAAACUGGGAAACCCAGACUACAUUCACUGCAACACAGAAGAGGCCAUUGAGGACUUCAUGAAGAGAAUCAAAUGUUACGAGUCCUCCUACCAGCCUAUGGACGAGACUCUGGACAGGGACCUGUCUUACAUAAAGAUCAUGGACGUGGGCCGUCGCUACCUGGUGAACCGCGUUCUUGACCACGUCCAGAGUCGGAUUGUCUACUACCUGAUGAACAUCCACAUCACGCCGCGCUCCAUCUACCUGUGUCGCCAUGGUGAGAGUGACCUCAACAUCAAGGGACGCAUUGGAGGAGACUCCGGCCUGUCUGCCAGGGGCAAGGAGUUUGCCAGAAAUCUGAGGAAAUUCCUCCAGGAGCAGAACAUCAAGGACCUGAAGGUGUGGACCAGUCAGAUGAAGAGAACGAUCCAGACUGCAGAGAGCCUGGAGGUGCCGUACGAACAGUGGAAGUCUCUCAACGAAAUAGAUGCUGGUGUGUGUGAGGAAAUGAUGUACGAGGAGAUUCAAGAGAAUUUCCCUCUGGAGUUUGCAAUGAGAGACCAAGACAAGUACCGCUACCGUUAUCCUAAAGGAGAGUCUUAUGAAGACCUGGUGCAGCGACUGGAGCCUGUGAUCAUGGAGCUUGAGCGGCAGGAGAACGUUCUCGUGGUUUGUCACCAAGCUGUGAUGCGCUGUCUUCUCGCAUAUUUCCUGGACAAGUCUGCCAAGGAGCUGCCUUAUCUCAAGUGCCCUUUGCACACUGUGUUGAAGUUGACCCCGUUGGCAUAUGGCUGCAAAGUGGAGUCUGUGUGUUUAAACGUGGAAGCCGUGAACACCCACAGAGACAGACCAGAGAAUGUGAAUGUGCAGCGCAGCACAGAAGACGCUCUGCAGACGGUCCCUGCUCACUUUUAAUGGCCUGCACUUCCUGCGUCCGCUGUGACCUCGUCCUGACGACGCUGAACACAAUUAUGGGAACGGUGCUUAUCGACUGCUCGCUUGUGGCAGCUUCUUCACUAACUGCAGACCAAGUAUCUUCCUAGACUCCCAACUCUAAAGCACUUUCAGUAAAUACAUUUUUAUACAUCCGUUUGUUGUGAACUGUUCUGUCACUGUAGCUCGAGAAUAUUUUUGAUAUGUUGACCUGCCGUUAUCGUUGCAUUUUUAAUAUUCCCCUCAACUCCCACUGUCUUUUUGUGUCAUGGUCGUACAGUACAUCACAUUGUUGUUCAGUAUGUCGUGCGCUCCAGUGUUUGUGAAGCAAAACACCACAAAGACACAUGAGCAUUUUAAGUUAGUCCUUUUCCUUGUUAUUGUUUUUAUUCAGAGGGCAGUCUUUGUGCUGGGUGAACUUAAUCUGAGCAAGAAAACAUUUAAGAUUAAAAAAAAAAAGCCUUUCCGCAAAGGAUGGAAUUAACAGUGUAACAGAUAUGUCAUUCAGAGCACAGUGCAUUGAGAAAGUAUUUAGACUGAUACACACAGAAUUAUACAUUUCUUUGUGCAUAUGUUUUUAAUUGGAAAAACUCAACUUUGACAUUGAUGUACUUUUUUUAUGGUCCAGUGUGUCAAAGUUAAUACUCCUUCACUUACCCCUCCCUUUCCCAAAAGCAUCUAGUAACUACGGUGGCCCUUGAUGUUCUUCUCACAUUUAAGCAAUAAGCUGCCACUUGAAAAAAGCAUGUUUGGCUGGAGUGAAGCAAGGCCCUUAUUUAUGAUACUUGUUAUGAAACUACAAAAAAGCAGUACUUUUAUCUUAAAGCUCCAGUGUGGAACCUCUAUCACUCGUUGUGGACAUCUUUUCUCCUCAUCCACAGAGAGAAGAGAGACAGAAAAGAAGCCAUUUGCUUCACAACACAAUUUCCUCGUAGUAGUUCGCUUAGUUACGUGUCGUUUAUCUGUAUUUUACCUUGAGCACACUUAGUUUAGUAUUAGUUGAUCACGUCUGUGAGACGCUAAAAUUGUCUGAACCUACAGGAUUAAAAAGAUUUAAAAUCCACCUUUAAAUCUUUUCAUGGCCGUUCAUGCGGAACUUUAGUGUGCAGAUGUAACGGUUGAAAUUGAAACGUUUAACCGAUUAAACACUAAUACAAACAAACCUAUGGGUAGUACAGUACAUUCCAUUCCUGCCAACAAACUCACAAAAUGUGACACAGUGGACCUGUAAGACCUUUUAUCACAUGUGAAAUUAAGUUCUUGGUCACCUCUGUCCCUAUAGCAAUUCUUCCUGCUCAUUUUGAGGGAAGAGUCCAAAAAGUUUUCACUGCGGCAGAAUUUUUGUGUAGCCUUUUUUUCCCCCCACAUCUGUGCCUCGACAUGUCUCUGAGCUCUGCAGGCAGAUCGUUUGACCUCAUGGCUUUGUUCUUACUCAUAUAUAUGUAUACACAACUGUCAGCUGUGAGACUGUGUACAUACAGCUGUGUGCCUUAAACAAACCAUGUCACCACAGGUGGACCAAUAUUGAGCUGUAGACACAUGUCAGAAAUGAUCAUGGGAAAUCAAAGCCACCAGAACCCUAUGCCAAAACAAAGGGUCUGACUGCAUGUGUGUCAGAGCCAUGUUUCCUUUAUUCGUUUAAAGUUUUACUUUGAGGCUGCAGGAGGUGAAGUCAUCUGAACACUUUCCUAAUGCACUGUGGCUCACGCUCUUUUUGAAUUGAUUUUAAAUGUGACACUUUCUGGGUUUCUGUCUUUUACGAGAUACUGUGAAAUGCAAGAAAUCUUAAUUAACAAGGACCUGUGCAGCUGAUGAAGGACACUAUCAUUCAAACAAAGACCUGGAUGGAUUUGCAAUUUGCAAAAAUGAAGGUACUGUGCAAACUGUACAUGCAUAUCUGUGUUACAUUUGCGUGAACUGUAUUAUGUGUUUUAUUAUGGUCUUUGGUCUUUUUUUUUCUGAGACCUCUGUACAAUUUCUGUAAUAUUAUAAAUUUGAUAUUGUAUAUAACUGUACUGAAGAGUUACGUCUAAAUGCCUUGUUUGUUUUCAGUUGUCAAAAUCUCAAUAAACAUGUGAUGUUUGGGGAAGAAACAGA